UAAGUGCCGCUGCCAGUUGUCAGUUGUCACCGAUUAAAUAUUUGUGGUGUAUCAGAUCAGCUGUCUAAGUCCUAUAGUGUUGGAGAACAAACUAUGUUUUCCGUUCAACAAACUAUGUAAAUAGUAUAAAACUACUUCAAAUAGUUGAAACAAAGCAUAAACGAUGGAUUGGGUAAUAUCUGACGAACUGUCUUUGACAGUGGGGCACGUCGUGGGUUGGAUAAGUGCCGGGGCAAUGGUGGUUGGAGGUAUUAUACCCUAUAUACCCCAAUAUAGGCAAAUCAAACGGACCAAAGAUGCGGAUGGGUUUUCUUUGCUGGUGUGUUUGGCCCUCUUGAUUGCAAACACACUGAGGAUACUGUUUUGGUUUGGAAAACACUUUGAGUAUCCACUACUGGCUCAAAGUCUUAUCAUGAUCGCCACAAUGUUUGCGAUGAUCCACCUUUGCGUAAGGAUCAGAAAUAAGGCCCAGUUACAUCAGGCUAGGCAAAGAAUCUUUACAGCAUAUCCAUGGUAGUCUUGUGGACUUGCGGAGACAUCUUUAAAACAUUGUACUUCCUGUUGCGCGAUGCUCCAGUGCAAUUCUGGGUGUGUGGAUCCAUGCAAGUGGCCAUCGACCUACUCAUUCUUCUUCAAGUAUUCAUCUACAGGGGUAAUACCGACGCGGGCCGGCCUGUGUCGCAUCGCAUUGAUUGAGUCGUGGUUCGAUGGACCCAUGAAGAAUCCAGACUUCGAGUGGAACCAUCUAAUACCGAGGUAAAGCUCGUUGAUGAAACAUUGCACGCUAAUCUAGACAACGGAAGAUGUUUCGAUACUUCCAUAAUUCCGAAAAAUUGCAUUUCCGUGAGCGCAGACAUUCAUUCGGAAGUGGUGCGUGUUCAUAGUUUAUCUAGUGACAAUGUAAGCAAGAGCAGCGACAACACUGAACUUCGAUCUUAUGAUCAAGUCAAUGACUGUUGUUCAAACGGCGAUCAAUUAUUGCAGAAUUGCGAUGUUAUAAAUAAAAAGAACAGCAAAGUAAGCAUAUUUAUCCAUAGGCACACUUUAUGACGACGGUUUAACCGCAUUAUGAGGCUUCCAUUGAAUUUUGCAGGCUUCCGUUAAUAUAAUACAGAUUUGCUUAAAUGGAAAAA